AUGAAAGAACACAUUAUAUAUCAGAAGCUUUAUGGAACCAUUCUCAUGUCGAGUUUUAUCUUUCUCUCAGAUGCACUCUCACUAAAAGGAAAAAGGCUGGAUUUUUAUGGCAAAGCUGACACAUAUCAAAGCCUGACCAACAAUACUCCUGGACUAAGUCAAUUCACAGUAGGCCUUGAUCUGUGAUUUGUGAGUGUCAAAUCAAGUGAUUGGAUGGCUUUCUCCUACAUUACUAAUAACACUUUCCUGGGCAGAGAAGACAUAGAACUUGAACUCUCGGGAGAUUAUCAGCAACUAAUUGUGUACAACUUUGGCAAGACCUUUCACAUCCGUUACCACCUGAUUCCAUUUCAGUGGCACACAGUAUGGUUGGUAUGGAAUGGUGUGAAAGGGCAGAUUAGAGCUAUUCCUGAAUAAAGGAUACUGGUAAUUAUGGAUCAACCACAGAACCUAGUGCCUAAUGGGACUCUGGUUCUAGGACAUUUUCUCAAGAAAGGCAAUGACCAGGUUCAAGGCCUGGUUCCUAGGUUCACCAGCAGCUUGUACUACUUUCAACUCUGGGACCACAUCCUGGGAAAUGAAGAGUUUAUAAAGUGUCUGAGAGGAAAUGUGUUUAAUUGGGAAAAAGAUGUUUGGCUCGUCAACAAGAUCAUUCCAACUGUUGAUGUGAAAUUGCGCUGCUUUCUUUCUGAAAAUAUAAUAAUUCAAGAAACAAGUACCACUCUUUCACAUCAAAUAGACUUGACAACUCCAUCCCAAGUUACUGGACUAAAACCACAAAAGACUGCAUAUUCUUCUACAGUGGUGUCUAAAAGCAUGCCUGUAUAUGCAACUGAUUAUACAACUCGACUGUAUUUCAAUACAACAUCUCGACCACUGAAAACAAUGACUGCACCAAUUUUUUUUAAAGACUUCCAGACUGAGACAGCUACAUUUGCAGCAGACCUUUUGUCUACGUCAGCAGCCAUUGCUCUGUCUACCAAGAGUACCUUCGUAGGCCCUUCUACCAAUUCCGUGAAAAUAACUAAAUCCCCAUCUUCAGAGAGCACAAGGACAACCAAAAUGGUUGAAUCCAUUGCUACUGAGACUUCUCAUUCAGCGGUAGCUACUAAUUUCCUGUACACAUCUAGAUUAACCAACAAUUCAGUUGUAUCCAAACCUUCAGUAACUGGAUCUCAGUCGGCUGUUAUGAGGACAGCAUCUUUAUUCUCACCUAUCGAGUCAACAUCCAUGUCUACAACGUCUUGGCCCAAACACAAUUCCACAGGUAUUGGGGCACUCCCUAUCGCCAUAGCUAGCCAGGAGUUUCCUGCAUCUACAGCUGCUAGAAAUGUACGUCAGUCCACAGUGGAUCCAACUUCAACUACAGCUACUCCCGUUGGGACUGCGUCAGCACUGCCACCUGAGUCUGUGCUUAUCUCCACAGCUGUUUCAAUGGAUUCUGUAUUUCCUAGAAAUCAGACAAUAGCAUCCACCUUGGCCACAACUGAUAUGGAAAUACCAUUUACAGUUUAUUCAACUAGGUCUAUUGAGAUGACACCUGUACUAAGAACAGCUGAAAUAGAAUCACCAUCUACAAAUUUCCAGGCUGACCCUUCACCCAUAAUGGAAGAUGCAAUAUCUACCUUCAUACCAAAAGAGGCCUCUUCUAUGGCACUUUCUUUCAGGGCAUCCUCUCCAUUCACCAGAGCUCAGAGUGUACAGAUCGUUAUUCAUGUUGAGAUGACACAUAUAGCCUUGACUCCUGGGAAAACACUUGCACCUACAGUGGCUGAAACUAUAUUUUCCUCCACAAUCACUGGGCCAGUAUAUGCAUAGAAUAUACCCAGAGGUGGUGGAAAUAAGCUUCCUGUGAUUUUCACUAGAUCAGCUUCCACAUCCAAGGAAUCUGAGUCUGGUCCCACAUCAACAAGUGAUGAAGGUGUCCAUCUAUCCUUCACAAAUGAGAUCACUUGGACUUCCAGGCCAGAUUAGACCUUGUUGACAUCAGUGUUCUAUGGGAGUACUUCUAAUACAGAGCAUUCAUCCACAACUACUAAUAUUAUCAUCCAACCAGAAGCAUCCAAAGAGUGCAAGGCCACCACUAUUGCUAAUACUACUACAGACAGAUAUACAACAGUUCUAUCCAAAUUGACAUCCCCAUGGCUCACUAAUUUCUCCAUUGUUUCUGGAGUCACAUCUGUAACCAAUUCUCCCGGGUCUAAAUUUAGCACCUUACUACUAAAAACCACCCCUGCAUCCACAGUACUUGGAAAUGAACUUCUUUCAACACUGAGGGAGACAGUUGUUCCACUUGUAGAUAGAAUAUCUACCCUUGCUGAUGUGGAACCAAAUUUUUCUACUGAGGAGAGUGCUUCUGAGAACACACAAACAGAGAUAAAUGGUACAAUUGCAUUUGGAGAGACAACAGCCCCCGUUCCAGACUCUGCAAUGAUACAAAGAUUCAUUGCUACUGUGACAAGGAAAGAAACAACUUUCCAUUAUGGAAAAUUGGCUCUAGCAGUGAAGAUUAAGCUUUCUCUAUUUGCAACAAUGCUGGAAGCAACAGAUGAGUCUAUUUCCCCCUUUCCUGAUGCAGAGAAGAUGACUCCCCGAUUGGAUACAAUUGCUGAGGUGAGAGAAAGUUGCUUUUCUACAAAAUCAAUGAAAACGACCCCUAAGAGUUCAUACAACGAAACUACAGAUAUCUUCAAUUCCACCCACAUCUACAUAGGACCUUGGACUUCAGAAACUCCACCUGAGGGGAAUCCAGCUCCAUCUCCCACUUCUGGGAGCACACAGACUCCAUCUACCUCAACCACAAGUAACACAGAGGAGGUCCAUGUUUCAGAAAUGUCUACUGGUCUUGGGAAAACAGCUCUCCCUUCACAAGCUCUGACAAUUACCAUACUUUUGUCUCCUGAAAAAGGGAGCAUGAGUGCCCUCCCAGUAUAUACUCCCAGGACCGAGGAAAAGAUAGUAAGCACCACCUCUGUGACUCACCCUUUCUCACACCGCCAGGACAGUUCCUUUGUAGAUACUGUAACUUCUGGGACAACCAAGAUAUCAAAUCCUAUAAACAAUAAGACAACUUUUUUAUACUUGCUUUCACCUAGGACUCAGCCUGAGGUGUCUUCAGUUGCCUCUCUCAUUUCUGAAAGCACACAGACUUCCCCUGAGUCCCCAUCUCUUUCCACAGCUCGACUAUCUAGUGCCAAUUUUAUAGCUGUGUCUACUGACAGGAUCACUACAGCCCUUUCUGCUUCAAAUGUAUCUAUAGCACUUCUUGGGAAAACUUCUAUAAUAACGUCCAUUCGUAUCUACUAGAUGUCCUCACAGCCAGUUAGUGGCACUCCCUUCACUUCUAAAAGUGUUUUGGGCACUCCCACUGUACUAAUGACUGGAAUUUCUAAAAGACAUUCAGAUUGUUUGAAAAGUACCUCUGUAGCCACUUCUGCUGGGUCUGAAAUGUCUUCAAUGUCAGUUAAUGUCUCUGCUUUUCCACUUCCUACUGUUUCUUCUGAUGCUUCCACAACAGGUGGAUCAUUCUAUACUUCAUUGUCUUCACUUACCCCCAGGCCUUCUAUGACCAUGCAAACAUUGUCAUUAGAUGUCACACCUUUGACAUAUGCUGGGUCUGCUUCAAAAAGUGCAGUGGCUUCCGUUGCUUUCACUACUUCAGAAAUACUAAAAGUAUCAUCCAGCAUCACACCUACAUCCUUUUCCUCCCCAGCAGAGCCAACUUUUCCCUCUCGGAAAACCAUUCCAACCAAUACCAUGGCUGGGACAGUGACUCCAUUCAUAGGCAUCCCUGUCUCUCGCCUACUCAGUUCUAAGAACACUGAAGCUAUUUCUUCCAUUCCAAAGACCACAUUUUCAUCAUUUAUAUUAACAGCCCAACAAUCAUCACAAAGAUAUCAGGGCACCACUCUGGGCAUAUUCCCUGAGAAUACUAACAGCUCUCUUUCAACUGUAAGCAGUGGUAAAGUAACAGCUUUCACAAAUACUUAUUCCAGACCUGGUGCCCCUGAAAGUGUGCUUUCAUCUACUCUGGAAAAUCUCCACACUUCCUUGAAUAUUCAAAUUUCCCCAUCUUUGACUGGCUUUAAAAGCACUGCUGGAUCCACAAAAAGUGUAAAAAUUACCAUUUAUCAUUCUUCAAAUACAGAAAAGAAGACUUCCUCAUCAGAAAAUACUUCAACAGCUGAACUGACAAAAGGUGCCAUGUCUGUGAAUACACCUGCUUCAUACCCUCCCUGGAUUCCAUCCGGUACAACUUCACCCUCUUUGACAUCAGUUCUGUUUUCACCUCAAAGUACUGAAGCCAAGUUCUCUACUCCAAAGACUUCUCUUCCUCCUAUGUCCCAAAGAGUUGAAUUUCCAGUUCUACAAACAAGAACCACAUCUAGUAAUGCCCAGUCUCUGCUUUUGACUUCCUGGAACACACCCACAGCUGAAGAUUCUCAAUUUUCAGCUUCUACCACUGCUCAUGUACCUACAUCCAACAAGAAGCAAACAGAGAGUCCUUACGUUAGUCUAGAGUCUUUGUCAACACUCCCAGUCUCUCAGACUGGUCUUGUACCUGGAGAUGUAAUGGCAAUGUCAUCAAUUUCUGCAACAGGAACUCUUCCUACCUUGGAGAUGUCUGAGAGUCCUUCAUUAUCAAUAUCUUCAAAAUCUAUCCCUGUUACUUUGGCUGACUUUAAGCACACAUUUGAGAAGACAACUACAACUGUAACUCCUGGGACCACACUCAAAUCAAAUAUUUCUGUUACUGCUUCAGAAUGUAUCAUUUCAAAGGCUGCUACUUCACCCAUGCUGACUUGGAUCUUAUCUAGUCUUCCUUCAGGUUCACCUCUGGCAACUAGAUCCAAUACUCUUCACAUUAUAUCUUCCUCUCCAGAAGAGAUAUUCAGUUCAGUUCUGUUGGUCAAAAAAAUAAAAUUCACAUUUCUGACUUCUGACAUAACACCAACACACCCACUCACUAACUUUACAAUAGGACCCUUUGCUGGUGUAAGUGCUGUACUCACCAAAACGACCCCUACACCUACAAUGCACGGUAUCACUACGGGCUUCCCAAGUCCUUUCCCUGUGUCUAUAAAAAUCACAAAUGACAGUACCUACACUUCCAUAUCUUCUGAAGCAUUUUCCAGAAUCACUGUGACUGCCAACUCCAGGACUGUGCCUCCAGCUCCAUCCUUUAGCAGAAUGAGUAAAUCACCUCCAGUUGACCAUACCCCAUCUGUUGGUGCCAUGUUUCUACCUAGCCCUACAACAACAUCUGCAUGGAGCAGAAUCCUAGCUGCAUCAGCACCCACUACGUUAGUUCUUCCUAAGCCCACACAGGACUCCCUUCUAAAUAUAGCCACCACUACAUCUGCUGCUAUUGGAGCCUCAUUUCCGCUCAUCUCCACUGGAGUAACACAUCCUUUUACAGCAAAUGUGUCCUCAUUACCUUCUUCCUCUUCUGAGACAACGUGGCAGGACUCCACACCUUCCUUUUUAUCUACCAAAACUUUGAAUUCACCUAUAGCCAUGAAAUUUACAGUUUCCUUCUACAAUAUUGAAAUGAGCCUCUGUCUCUUUGAUGAAGAGCCAAGGAUCCCUAUUACCAGUGUCGUAAAAGAAUUUGCAAAAAAACAGUUGAAUUCUAUAUUUCAAGACAGUGAAUUUGUUCUUGCUAAUCUGGCUGUUCAAAUUAAAGGCAGAUAUGUGAAUGUCAUCUGCUGUUUCAGUGACUAUGUGCUUUUCUCUUGCGUUAUUUGAAACAGAGAAGGGCAAGGACUGGCUACAAUUUCCCACGUACCAUACAGCUGUCGUUGUCAGGUCAUCAUAAAGGCCACCUCUUCUUUAGCGCCCACCAAAUUGAUUAGCAGGAGCAAAAGUAAAAUACAUGGCAACUUCAUGCAUGGAAACUUCACACAAAAUCAAUUCAUAUUAUUAGUAAAGUCUGGACAUGCUGCAGUGAGAAAACUAGAGCCCAGAAAGUGCAAAGCCGAAGAAACAGCCUCUAAAUACAAAGGGACAUAUAAGUGGCUCUUAACCAACGCUACUGAGACAGCCCAAAGUAGAUGCAUAAAAAAUGAAGAUGGAAGUGCUACUGGACUCUGCUCAAUCAGUAUCGACACUGGCAAAUCUCACUGGGAAAAACCAAAGUUUAAACAAUGCAAAUUGCUUCAAGCGCUUCCUAAUAAGAUUGUGGAUCUUGCUAAUAUUACAGUAAGUGACGAAAAUGUGAAUGAUGUUGCAGAGCAUAUUUUAAAUUUAAUCAAUGAAUCCCCUCUUCUGGAUGAAGAAGAGACAAAGAUUAUUGUUUCGAAAGUAUCUGAUAUUUCACAAUGUGAUGAGAUAAGUAUGAACCUAACCCAGACUAUAUUACAAAUAAUCAGUGCUGCUAUCAGUGCUGCUUUGGGAAAGCAAAAUCAUUUAGCAUCUGAUCCGCAUGAAGUAAACAAUGAAUAAGUACUAAUUUCCCUAGACAAGGUCCCUCUGGGGAGAGUUUGGGGAGGGAGAGAAUCGCUGAGGGAGAGAAUUCCUCUUAGCAGCUUACACACCAUCUUGUAAUUUUUUGGCCAAACUUCACUCUUUAAGACCAAAAACAUCACAAAAGCAUUAACCACAUAUGUCGUGAGUGCCAGCAUUUCUGAUAUAUCCAUUCAAAACUUGGCAGACCCAGUGGUUAUUACUCUGCAGCAUAUUCAAGGAAACCAGAAUUAUAAUCAAGUUCGCUGUGCAUUUUGGGACUUUGGGAAUAACAAUGGACAAGGUGAAUGGAACUCAUCAGGCUAUAACGUGAAGGAAACAAACGUAAGUUACGCAAUCUGUCAAUGUGAUCACCUUACCCAUUUCAGAGUCUUAAUGGAUUUAUCCAGGUCUGCAGUGGAUGUAGUGAAUGAAUGGAUAUUAGUGAUUAUAACAUACAUCGGAUGUGGAAUCUCCUCCAUUUUCCUGGGAGCUGCAAUAGUGACAUACCUAGCUUUUCACAAACUUCAGAAAGAUCAUCCUUCCAAAAUCCUGAUCAACUUGUACACAGCACUACUAAUGCUAAACCCGGUAUUUCUAGUCAAUUUCUGGUCAUCAUCAUUUCAGAAAGUGGGCCUUUGUAUCACAGCUGCUGUGGCACUUCAUUACUUUCUGCUUGUGUCUUUGACUUGGAUGUGCCUGGAGGCAGUCCACAUGUAUUUUGCUCUAGUCAAAGUCUUCAACAUAUACAUUCCCAAUUAUAUCUUUAAAUUUUGUCUGGUUGGUUGGGGAAUCCCAGCCAUCAUGGUGGCAAUCAUACUCACUGUGAAAAAGGAUCUGUAUGGGACUCUGAGCUCAACAACUCCAUUCUGUUGGAUUAAAGAUGAUCCUAUCUUCUACAUCUCAGUGGUGGCUUAUUUUUGCCUCAUAUUUUUCAUGAGUCUCUUCAUGUUCUGCACUGUUCUUGCUCAACUGAACUCCAUGAAGUCCCAAAGCCAGAAGAUUUGAUGGAAGAUGAUUCUACAAGACCUCAAAGGCACAACUGGCCUGACCUUACGUGGUCUCACCUGGGGGUUGGCCUUUUUAGCCUGGGGACCUGUGAGGAUCCUUUUCUUAUAUCUUUCCGCCAUUUUUAACAUUUUGCAAAACUGACCUUCUUCUCCUGACUUCGGGUUCCUCAUUUUUGUGUUCCACUGUGCAAUGAAGGAGCAUGUGCGGAAGCAGUGGCAGCUGCUUUUCUGUUAUGGGUGGUGGCGACUGGAUAACGCUUCUGAUGGCAGCACCUGGUGUGGGCUCAGUGUCAGGCAGAAACAGGAGAGACUGAGGGAAACCUUUGUGCACAACUUGUUGACAUCAUCAGUCAAGUCAACUACAGCUAGUUCCAUUGUGAAAUCUUUAGGCUCUGCCCAAGGCACUUCUAGAGAAACAAGCUCCCCAAAUGGGCUUUAUGUGGAAAAAGCCCCAUAG